AAUCACUAUCUCACAGAGGUGGGAGGAAGAGAAUGGCAGUGCUAUUCUCUGUGCUUACACACAAGCAGCUCACACAUUCUUUCUGUUGCCUUUCCAGGUGAUGGUAAUACAAUUCCUACAACAUUUAAUAAUACGAAAAGAGAAGGAGAGAUUUCACGAAGAAGAAUACCAACCGAGCGUAUUCCCAGAAGAGAUCGUCGAUCCUUUGAAAAUGGAGAAACAAACCACAGUGAACUGGUAAAUAAGCAUCACUCCAAAGAAAUAAGGAAGAAUCAAUGGAUUUCUGAGAAGCCAAGAAAUUCACCUAAUACAGUCCCAGGAAAAGGAUUUAACACUUCAGACCCCAAAGGAAAAACAAGUUACCAACCAAGGGGUCAGAGGAAGGAUGAUGAAACUGCUUCUUAUGUUCCUCGUGGGAGAGCAGAUGGAAGAAAAACAUAUUGUGAUUCUUCAGAACCUCGAAGAUCAGCAUAUGUUUUCUACCGCACUGCUGACGUCACCCGAGAACCAAAGUUCAAUGGAUCUACAGGUGAUGGUAAUAUUUCUGCAACACUUAAUACAAAGAGAGAAGGAGAGACUUCAGGAAGGAGAGUUCCAACCGAGCGUAUUCCCAGAAGAAACUGUCGAUCCUUCGAUAAUGGAGGAAUUCACACUUCAGAUCCCAACAUAAAACCAAGUUAUCAACAAAGGUGUAAUAAUAAGGAUGAUGAAACUGCUUCUUCUGUUCCUUAUGUGAGAGCUACUAACAGAAAGACUGAUUUUGCUUCUUUGGAACCUCGAAGAUCAACAUAUGUUUUCUACCGCACUGUGAACCAAGAACCAAAGUUCAAUGGAUCCACAGCAGUACCUGAGCCAUAUGGUCAAAAAUGCUCCAAACCAAAGAAUCAGCUUGACACAAAUAGAAGAUUUUUGACCCAAAUGGAAAACUAUGACAAAUAUACUUCAGGAUUUUACAAUGCACCACGUUGGAGGAAAAGAAAUCCAUGUGAAAAUGCAUACUCUAAAUUUAAAACAACCAUUCAGCGAAGCCAAGAAGACUUGGGAGCAAAUAACAAAGGAGAACAAUAUGUAGACAUGAGAAAAAGAUGAAAUGAGUGUGUUAGUUUACAAGAAAAAUCAACUGGAAAAUAUAAAGAUGAAAAAGCGGCAAAUUAAAAAAAUAAGAUGCAGGAAGUACACUGUAACAUUUCAAAACUGAUAGAAAUGGAAAUUUAAAAAGUAUGCUUAUCUAUAGUCACGUAUAAAGGUCUUCAAUAUAUUCAAUAAAUUUUAUCUGUUAUGAAAAUUCGAUAAUUGAAAUUAUUUUUAUAGACUUUUAAAAUGCACAAUUACUAAAAUGAAUAGAUACUAUCAGUUUUACUUUGGAGUUUCAGAGGACUUUUAAUGUCAACAGCAACACUAAUACAUUCUAGAAAGUAAUUGUUUCAGUGUGAAAGUCAGAUUCUUAGAUGGUUCAG